AUGGCUGCGGCGCUCUGGCUGCUCUUCUGGCUGCUCCAGUUCGGGCCGCCCUGGCGAGUGCUGGGUCAGCAGGACCCAGGCUUGGGCCGGCGCUUCUCGGAGCACAAGCUGUGCGCAGAUGAGGAAUGCAGCAUGCUAAUGUACCGUGGUGAAGCCCUCGAAGAUUUCACAGGCCCAGACUGUCGUUUUGUGAAUUUAAAAAAAGGAGAUCCUGUAUAUGUCUACUAUAAACUGGCAGGGAGAUCACCUGAAGUUUGGGCUGGAAGUGUUGGGCGUAUUUUUGGAUAUUUUCCAAAGGAUUUAAUCCAGGUAGUUCAUGAAUACACUAAAGAAGAGUUACAAUUUCCAACAGAUGAGACAGAUUUUGUUUGUUUUGAUGGGGGAAGAGAUGAUUUUGAUAAUUAUAAUGUAGAAGAACUUUUAGGCUCUUGGGAAUUAUAUGAUUCUGCAACUGAAGACUCCCAGAAAGCAAUCAAACAUGUAGGGAAAUUUCUUGAAGUAUCUGAGGAAAGUAACCCUGAACACGAACCCAAGGAAGCCAACUUAGAGGCAAGUGAAAGUGUAUUCUCUGAAAACACGAAGGAUCUAGAGGAAAGACUUGAGGUUCCUAAGAAUCACCAUCACACAAACAGUCAAACAGAUAAUGCUCAAGGACAGCAAUCUUCAUUUGACCCUUUGGAAGAAAUGUUGCAAGAAAAGUUAAAAGUGGCAGGAAGUGAAAACAACAAAAUCAGCAAUGGUUCUCAAAUCUCAGAUGGACAGGAGAAGACUGACACUUACAAACUUUUGAAAAAAGAAAUGACUCUGGACUUGAAAACCAAAUUUGGCUCAACUGGUGAUGCUCUUGUAUCGGAUGAUGAAACAACUAGACUUGUUACUUCAUUAGAAGAUGACUUUGAUGACGACUUGGAUGCUGAGUAUUACGCAGUUGGAAAAGAGGAUGAGGAGAGCAUAGAGAACUUUGAUGAUCUACCAUUACUAAGCUUUACAGAUAGAGAAGAGAUGAAAACUCCAGAGAAAUCAGAAGUUGAGAAGUAUUCAACAGAUAAAGAGCAGAAGUCAAAUGAAGAGGGUGUAACGGAGAUAGCUCAGCCCCCGGGCAUCAGAGAAGAUGACAAAAAUAUACUAACCUCCUUGGGGGAUACUAUUUUCUCUAUAGUCACAGGAAAUGAAGAAAAACCAGGAAUGAUGGACUUAGAGAGUUCUAAUUCAGAGGAAGAAACAGAAGAUGAUGUGUUAAUCCUAGACAGCAAAAGUGGGGAAGCACAACCAGCAAUAGGUUCUACCGACCCUGAAAAUACAGAAGAUAGUCUUUUGAUUGUAGAAGUUCCUAAACCAAAUGACAACAAAGACCCAGAAAUGGACACAGAACUUGAGGUUAAAGGAAAAGACCGAAAUGCUCAGGAAUCCAAGAGGAGCCUGAUACAAGAUCAGACGGAAUUAGAGGAUAAGAAGCAAGAA